GUUUUUUUCCCAUUGACGUUUUUCCCUUUCACGGCUCUUUUAUCGCAGAAUACCACAACUGGAGAGCUGCUGCUUCCAAGUUGUGCGGGCAAAAGAACAAACAGCAGGGUGACACGAAAAAAUAGGUGUGCCGAAAAUGCCGUUGCUAGUAACAGACUAUUCAUGGACACAGACAGACUCGACGGUUUUCAUAAGUGUGCCUUUAAAAGGAAGGAAAGUUGAGAAAGUGGACAUCAUUUCUACAGAAGAAUACCUCAAGGUGCAUUACCCUCCAUAUCUGUUUGAAGCCUUCCUGUUUGAACCUGUUGAUGAUGACAGAAGCACAGCUAAAGUUGGAAAUGGAGUUGCAGUCAUCAGUUUGUCAAAGAGGACCAAUAAAGUGUGGGAGCAUCUGAUGAUAACUACAAGUCUUAACAUCAUCAUCAUCAUGUUGAGGCCAGACUUUGCAUCCACAGAACUCAUCCACCUUUAUGAUAAAGAAAAAAAGAAGGAGAUCAGAGAGAGGGCUCUGUUGACAUACCAGGAAAAGCUUUCUUCAGAGUCCAGAUCCAAGGUUGAAAAACAGCAUGCAGAGAAAAAAUAUGCACUAGAGAUAAUGAUGAAGCUUGAAAAGGAGGAAAGAGACAGUAUCCAGAAAAUGAAGGACAAUGAGCGAGAGAAAACCACAGCAGAGUUGGCAGCAUGGCAGCUGAGACAGAAACAAAAAGCAGAGGAAGAAGCCCAACUCAAACUCCAAAGUCAGAGAGACAAUCAAAACAAACGAGCCAUGACAGAGAAGAAGUGGACUGAAGGUUCAGUUGGAGGAACUGUCGAACCGGACCAAAGAGGCAACAGUGAAGGGAAGAGCAAGAGAAAACAAGCAAACCUGCCUGCUCCAAGACUCACUGGAAACAUUCAAGUCACGUUUACCCCACGAGUUUUCCCAACAGCUCUCAGGGAAUCAAGAGUGCCAGAGGAGGAAGACUGGCUCAAAAAACAAGCUGAAGCCAGGCAUGCAGUAAACGCAGAUGAUAAAGAGUUGAAGGACCUGAAAGAAGAGGAGAGGAACCCUGAUUGGUUAAAGGACAAAGGAGACAAAUAUUUUGCAACUGGGGACUACCUGAGUGCAGUGAAUGCCUACAGCCUGGCUAUCCGACUCAACAGAAAGAUCCCAGCCCUGUAUUCAAACAGGGCUGCUUGUCAUCUGAAGUUGAAAAAUCUUCACAAGGCCAUUGAGGAUUCCUCUCAGGCACUUGAUCUGUUGACUCCACCAGUUGUUGCCAAUGAAGCUGCCAGAGCCAGAGCCCAUGUCCGCCGAGGAUCUGCUUUCUGCCAGCUACAGCUCUAUGCAGAAGGGCUACAAGACUACCAAGCUGCUCUAAAGAUUUCCCCUCACAACGAAGUGCUGCAGGCAGACACACAGAGAAUCAAAGACAUUAUUCAAGGCACUGACCCUGAGACACAGUGAAACAGAAAAUGUACCGUACAUAUUAUGUAUGGCUGUAGUCUGUGUGUCAUUUGUCUAUUAUUCAAUGAUUUAAUAAAUGACAACAGAGAACCAAAGGCUACAUUAUAUGUAACCAUAAGUCAAAUGCUAUGUUCAAUCCCUUCUGUAGUCAUUGAUAUUCAGACUUCAAGCUGUUACCUGCUGCUUAAUUGGACAUGGAAAAGGUAUGUCAGCGACAGUCCAGGAAAAUUAUGAAAAGUGUUGUAGUGUGUUUUACUGACAAAUAUAAUGUAGAGCAGGGAUCUUCAACAGGUGGUCCGGGACCCUUAGGCGGUCCUCAGCGUCAAUGCAGGGGGGGGCCUUCAAAUUAUUAAUUUUUAAAAGUUUUUUUCCAAAAUUGUAGAGUCUUCACAUGAAUCCAACAUAUU